AUGGCCUAUGAUCUUCAAGGACAAGGGUCUGUCGUGGUGUUUAGAGGCGGAGGCGGUGCCCGGCCAGCAUACACUCUGGUUUCACAGAAUGAGGCACACUUUGCUGGUGACUGUGUUGCUUCACAUAAUAAGCUAUGGACUUGCAUGAAAUUAUUGCUAGAACUACUAAUUCUGUUGCAGGGUUCUUUAAAUGAUGUUGGAAGUGUAGAUGUCUUCUCUUGGAUAAGAUGUUUGGAUCUUCGCACUCUCGCUGUGCUGACAAAUUCCACCCUGUCCAGCUCAAGUGAUCCACAUAAUAUAUCUUUCCAUUACUUAAUACCUGAAGGAGGCAACGAUAAGUUGUCCUACUUCAAGCUAAAAGUCUUGCUACCUGAUUCAGAUCUCACUGUUACUAGUCAAAAGCAAAUCAAGGACAAGCUAAAUGUUGCCACUCCAAAAGGAAAUUUUCUUUGGUUAUUCCACAUAGAACUGUCACCCUUUCUUAUCGCAAAAUCUCAGUUGUCGAAAAAGAGAUUUGUUUAUAUCGCUGCAGAUUCCAUCAUAAAGGGCAAAGUCGAAGAUCUUGGUCGCAUGGAACUAGGCGGUUACGCCAUUGGCGCUGUAGAAGAUUGCAGCAAGCGUCUCAGCGAUUAUAUCAGUAUGGAUGUUCUUAGUGCCAUACAAAGAGCGGGAGCUACAUUCAGUUGGGUGCCUAAAGAACCUUAUAACGAGGAUGCAUGCCUACUUGAUUUUGACGUGCUAUUGAUGGAGCCUCGCAAGCUGGAGAAAACCCUGAUUACUUCCAUCAUGUGGUGGGCUACUGGAUGUUUGCAGCAAUGUAGAGUAAUGGGAAGCUACAAGGAAAUUUGCUCCAGAAAUUUCACAAAAUCAAGUUGCAGAUGAGCUAUCAGUUGGAGGUACAUCAACAAAUGCACACAACCUGGACAGAUGCACAUUCAAAUAACUUGCAAACAUAGCUGUUCAAUCUUUGUUGUCCCCUUGAGGUCUUCGGCAGUCAGUAAUUCAGCUUUUUCAUGAUUUAGGUUGGAUAUAAUAAGAGGUUGGCUCUUCCAAGGAG